GGGUCCUCAUCUAAGAGAAGUGUUGAUGAUGCUGAGGAGUCAAAUGCCGCAGUCAAACGAUUCUGCAAGAAGAAGUGUAUCAUUCACUGCACCGACGAUAGCAGUGAUUUAGUUAAUCCUAAAGACGAGGAGUCGUGGAAAACCUUGCUACGAGCAGCAGAGAUUCGAAAUCAUCAAGAAAUCCUAGAACUUUCGAAGUCUUUAAGCGAAGGAGAAGUCCCGUUCAUUUACUACCAUCGAAAGUGUCGAAGCAUUUUUACAAUGAAAAAGUUAUUAGAUAAAUUAUCCCAGCAAUCAUCCAAUAGCCAGACUCAACCGGAAAAGGUGGCUAGGAGAGUCUCUAUUCGAGGAUCUUCCAAUAUUUCCACAACAUACGAGCGCAUUUGUAUUUUUUGUGAAAAGCCAAAAUAUUUCAAGGGUACAAGGAAUCGUGAGCCUUUAGUACAAUGCCGAGAUAUGCGUGCAGAUAGCUCUAUCAGAAAGAUAGCUACAGAAAAGAAUGACAGCAAGAUUCUUGCCCUUGUGUCGCGCGAAUUAGUUGCAGCAGAGGCUUGUUAUCACAGGACAUGCUACAGGAGUUACACUAGACCAGAAGCAAGCAGCAUUGUGAACCCUGAUAUGAGCAGCGAAUCUCCGGAUGAUGAAUAUGCCCGUCUAGAGUCUGAUGCUUACCAGAUGCUCUUUGACUUCAUCAGGUCAGAUGUAAUAGAAAAGGAGAAAGUCGUAAGGCUGUCUGAGAUGACGCAGUUACUUGUACAGUAUCUAAUGUCAUUAGAAGCUAAGGAAUGUAAGCCAUCAACAAAGAAGCAUAUCAAAAGGAACAUAGAAGCAGAAUUCAAUGAGUUGAUCAAGUUUGAAAACUUGCUAGACAACAACCGUGUAUUCCUAAUCCCUGCUAGCCUAACACCAGUGCAAAUCGCUAGAAAUGUACUAAAUAUCCUUAUGGCAGAAAAAGAAGACAAAGGCUCAACAACAAAGAUCUCAAAUAUUCAGAAAGCUGCAGCUGACAUCCGCGAUGCCAUUCGAAACGAAGAAAGCAAAAUGUCAUGGCCACCGCGCCCCUCAGAGCUCAAUGACAGCGCCAUAGAGGUCCCUGAAGAGCUAAGUGCGUUUUUGUAUACCUUGCUAACUGGCAACAAAGAUUCGCCAGGGGGAGAAUGUUGUCAAAGAGUCCAGCGGUUGAUGAAGUCGUUCGCGCAAGACCUAGUAUUCGGAGUAACCAGAGGGAGGAUUAAGCCGCCUAAACAAAUUCUUCUCUCGUAUGCUGUAAAAACUCUCACAAACAAUGUUGAGCUAGUGUCUAUACUAAACCGUUAUGGUCAGGGUAUUUCUUAUUCCCAGCUUGAGGAAAUUAACACUGCUCUUUGUAUGCAGAAAAUGGCAACAACAACAAGUGAAAUUCCUCUACCUGCCAAUAUACAACCUCAUGUUAGUACCACAUUAGCAUGGGAUAAUAUUGACCGACUCGAAGAGACUCUUUCAGGUGAAGGCACUUCACACCGUGUAAACGGCAUAGCAGUACAGGCGAGACAUUUUGGCCCCCAUCCCCUCACUGAGCAGCCACCUGGGAUCACUAAAAGUAAGCAAAGGAGUGUUGGACCACUUGAUGCUGUUGCUCUACCCAUUUACAAUGCAGGUGAACGUCAAGGCCCUAAGCCAAGGGCAUAUGUUGAAGUAAACGACCAGGAAGCGUUAGAAAAUGCCCGAAGAAAAACCCUUUUGUGGGUUUUAGUGCGCCUACAUGCACAGAUGAACCAGAAAGUUAGUGGAUGGACUGGCUAUAACAUUUUGGUGCGCAACGAAAUUGAGGCUCGUCAAGACAAUAUCGGAUACCUCCCCACCAUUGAUGCACCUGCCACUAGCAUGUCAACUGUUCAUGAGAUUUUGGUCCGCUCCCAGAAGAUCAGAGAAGCUCUUGAACUGAAGAGCAUAGUACACGUAUUUGAUCAAGCUCUGUAUGCCAAGGCAACAGAGAUAGCUUGGAAACAUCCAGACAAGUUUUCAGAUAUUGUUAUUCGGAUGGGUGUCUUCCAUACAGUGUGCACACUUCUUUCCAUAAUCGGAAAGAGAUUCCAAGACGCUGGUUUAAGGGACGUUUGCAUUGAAUCAGGGGUAAUUGCUGAAGGUUCUGUUACAGGAGUUCUUGAAGGACGUAGAUACAACCGUGCUGUCAGGUUUCAUAACUGAUGUAUGAAGCACUCCAAAGACUUAUCUGGAAGGAUUUCAGACGUGUGUAGAAGUAAAGUUCCCCGAGAAGAAACAGUUUAUCCAAGAUUUCUUUGCCGGAUUGAAACCUUUAUACGACAACCUGUGCCAAAAGGAACAACAGAGGGUAUUGGAUAGUCAAAGUUUCCCUGAGUUUAUCACACUGUACGAUAUGUACCUUGACUAUCUACGCAAUAACAACGGGAAACUAUCUAGUUUCUGGAUGUCAUACAUUGAUCUCGUUGACAUUCUGCUGAAUAUGGUGAGAGCAUCAAGAGAAGGAUAUUGGGAGCUACAUUUAUCAGCCAUUGAACAAAUGAUACCAUGGUGCUUUGCCUAUGAUAACGUAAAUUAUGCCCGCUAUUUACCUGCAUACCUGUCUGAGAUGACCCACCUCGAAGAGACCCAUCCUGAGGCUCAUGAAUUUCUUAAGUCUGGUGGAUUCUCGGUCCAGAUCGGCCACCAAAACCCCUUUGGUAGGGUUCCAGUUGAUCAAACAUGCGAGGAGACGGUCAAUAAGGACACCCAGACAGCCGGGGGCACCAAAGGCUUCAGUCUUAAAGCAGGAGCAGUUAGCAAGUAUUAUAUAGUGUCUGAAUUUCGCAGUAUUUUUUUGAAGCAGCUGAGGGACAUGCUAAAUCUAAGCAAAUCCAAUUCUGGGCAUACUGAUCUUCAAAAAACAAGAAUUGUUAGAGACGAGGCUGACGUGAAGUCGCUGAUUGCUAUGCUAGAAAGCAACUGGAUAAACCCAUUCAGUGCUGAACAGCAGGAUCUGGUAUGCUUGUCAACCGGAAAGGUUGCCACCCAAAAGAUAGAGGAAGACUUGUUGGGCGCAAAAGCUGUUGGGGAAAAGGCAUACAAAGAAUUUCGUGCACAGCGCUUGGAGGCAAAUCCACCAGUCAAAUUUCACGAGACCCUGAAGAAAUCAAAGCUGGAGACAUUCUCUGAUCUUAACAAGAAGGUGAAAUUCAAGAGCAAAACAGCAAACGAGGUCAUCCUAAAAGCUGAUAGAGCUCUUUUUGGUCAAAUGGUUAUAAUUGCAGAAAACAGACAACUUCACAUGAGAGAUGUCCUCUGUCAUCCGUUGGGACCUCUUCCUUGGGCACUAUCCACAGUAGAUGGGUCACUACGGAAAACCAGCAAAGCAGCACUAGCAAAGGAGCUGCAAAAGAAUGUACCUGCUGCGGAGGAAAUUCCUCAGCCAUCUGCAUGCAUCAUAGAUGGCAUGGUACUAGUGCAAAGGUUGAAAGGUGACCAUAAGAAGUUUUCAGAUGUUGCUGACUCCUUGUUUGGAAUGGUUCUACAUGAGGGUGCGUCCUCGAAGAGAAUUGACGUUAUCUUCGAUGUGUAUAGAGAUAAUUCAAUUAAGAAUACGGAAAGAGAGCAUCGAGGAGCUGAGUAUGGAGAUGAAGAUCAGAUUACAACACAUUGA